AUGAGAGAUAAAAAUGAUACAGAGGUAUCUAAUAAAACAGAAGAGAUUAUUGAUGAAAAUCAAAAUGGAACUAGUGAUGCAAAUGUUACUUUUUCGAAUAAUGAAGAACAUUCCAAACAACUAAAGUUCUUUCAAAGAUUUCAUGAUAAAAAAGAAGAUAAAAAACCUGCGAAUGCUGUGAGCCUUGCAAGUUUGUUUCGAUAUGCUACAAUGCUCGAUAAAAUCUAUAUCUUAAUUGGUACUCUCGGAGGUCUAGGUAAUGGUGUUCUAUUACCAAUUAUGGUUCUUAUAUUUGGCAAUCUUCUAAAUUCAUUUACUGAUCGAUCUACUACUUUAUGUGAACUCAAUUUUACAGCUCUUGCUAUUGACUAUUGUCCAGAAGGUUAUCACUUAACAGCAUCGAAUUAUUUAUCAGCAUUUUCUAUUUGUCAUUUUAAUCAAACUACGUUUGAUUUUCAAGGUGAAAUACAAAAGCAAACAAUUUAUUUAGUUAUUAUUGGUUGUAUUAGUAUUGUAUUGGCUUGUACUCAAAUCGUAUUUUGGAGUAUGGCAGCUGAAAGACAAACAAAAACUAUUAGAAAAAAAUUAUUUCAAUCAAUUCUUCGAAAAGAAAUUGUUUAUUUUGAUUUACAUAAAACUGGUGAACUUAAUACGAAAUUGACAGAUGAUGUAGAUAAAAUUCAUGAUGGAUUCGGAGAUAAACUUGGUUUUGUUAAAGGAUGGAAACUAUCAUUAGUUGUAUUAUCUAUGGCUCCAUUACUAUUUAUGUCAGCUAUGUUCUUUUCCAAACUUGCUUCCGGUUUGACAGCAUUGGAAUUAAAAGCUUAUGGUAAAGCAGGAGCAAUAGCUGAAGAAGUCUUUAGUUCAAUUCGUACAGUGCUAUCUUAUAAUGGACAAGAACGAGAAGAGAAAAGAUAUGAGCAGCAUCUUGACGAAGCUAAAAGAAAUGGUAUAAAGAAAGGUGUAAUCAAUGGUGUAACAUUGGGAUCUGUCUGGUGUAUAAUCUUUUGUUCCUAUGCAUUAGCAUUUUGGUAUGGAGCAAAAUUAAUUCGAGAACAAGGAUAUAAUAUUGGAACUAUUCUCAUUGUAUUCUUUUCAAUUAUCAUUGCUGUUUUUAAUUUGGGUCAAGCUAGUCCACAUUUUCAAGCUUUAGCUCAAGCUCGAGCUGCUGCUUACAUCGUAUGGGAAGUUAUUGAUGCACCAUCUGAAAUCAAUAGUGAUUCAGAAAUUGGUCUGAAAAAAGAUGAUCUUAUUGGUGAUAUUGAUUUUUCAAAUGUUCAUUUUUCUUAUCCAUCACGACCUGGUGUUAAAAUUCUUAAUGGUAUUUCAUUUGAUGUCAAACAUGGUCAAACGAUUGCUCUUGUUGGAUCAUCUGGUUCAGGAAAAUCAACAUGUGUACAAUUAUUACAACGGUUCUAUGAUACUGACUCAGGUUCUGUUCAUAUUGAUGGCCAUCAAGUUACUGAAUAUAAUUUAAAAUGGUUAAGACAACAUAUUGGUGUUGUUAGUCAAGAGCCAAUUCUAUUUCAAGCAACUAUUCGAGAAAAUAUUUUAUUUGGGAGAGAUACAGCAACUGAUGAAGAAGUUCAUACAGCAGCAAAAAUGGCUAAUGCACAUGAUUUUAUUAUGACUUUACCUGAUAAAUAUGAAACUCGAGUAGGUGAACGUGGAGCUACACUCUCAGGUGGACAAAAACAAAGAAUUGCCAUUGCUCGAGCAUUGAUUCGAGAUCCAAAGAUUUUACUUCUUGAUGAAGCUACAAGUGCACUUGAUAAUGAAAGUGAAAAAAUCGUUCAAGACGCUUUGGAUCGUGCUGCUGAAGGUCGUACAACAUUAGUGAUUGCACAUCGUCUAUCGACAAUUCGUAAUGCUGAUAAAAUUAUUGUAAUGCAUAAAGGUAACGUCGUAGAAGAAGGUGAUCAUCAAUCAUUGAUGCAUGCUCGUGGAACUUAUUUUGCUCUUGUUGAACAACAAAACUUACGUCAAGCUGAAGAAGAAGAACAAUUAGCUCUUGAACGAUUCGAACGUAGUGAAUCAAUGGCACCCAGUCAAAUUGCAGAAUUUCAAUUAAGUGUCGAAAGCAAACGUCGUUCAACUGUUGCUAGUGUAGCAUCAAGUAUAAAUAGGUUAAAUAGUUAUAAAAAGAAUUCAUUAACAGAUGAAAAGGAAGUUGAAGAAGAAGAAGAAGAUAAUGAAAUAAAAAAGAAAAAGCCUAAUACUGCUUUACAAAUAUUAGUUAUGAACAAACCAGAAUGGAUAUUAAUAAUAUUUGGAUGUAUCGCAUGUAUAUGUAAUGGUGGUAUUCAACCAGUAUUUGGUGUUAUUCUAAGCAAGUUAACUGCGGUCUUUCAAGAAUGUGAUAAAGAUGUUCAAAAACAUCGAGUUCUAGUCUAUAUACUUGUGUUUAUUGGUUUAGGUGUUCUAACAUUAAUUACGAUGUUUAUUCAAAGUUUUUUAUUUGCUUGUUCAGGUGAAGCACUAACGAAAAGACUACGAUCUAAAACAUUUCGUACUAUUUUACGUCAAGAAAUUGCUUAUUUUGAUAAUCCAGAUAACAAUACAGGAGCAUUAUGUACACGUUUAGCCACAGAAGCAUCUGCUGUACAAGGAGCAAGUGGUAUUCGUAUUGGAGUAAUGUUACAAAAUAUAGCUGCACUUGGUACUGGUAUUCUAAUUAGUUUUGCAUUUGCUUGGCAAUUGACAUUACUUGUUCUUGCCUUUGUUCCAUUUAUGAUUGCUGGAGGUUUUUUACAAAAUUAUUUAAUGACAGGAUUUGCUAGUAAAGAUAAAAAAUCAAUGGAAAAUGCUGGCAAGGUAACAGUAGAAUCUAUACAAAAUAUUCGAACAGUUGUACAAUUAACUAAAGAAGAUUAUUUUUACGAACAAUAUUGUUUACUUCUUGAAAUACCUUAUCAAUCAUCUAUAAAACGAGCAAUUCUCUUUGGUUUAUUCUUUUCAUUAUCAAACUCAGUUAUGUAUUUUAGUUUAGCAGCAUUGUUCAGAUUAGGUGCUUAUUUAGUACAGAAGAAUGAACUCACAUUUGAAUCUCUUUUAUUGUGUUUUAAUUGUAUUAUAUUUGCUGCACAAAGUGUUGGACAAACAGCAUCUUUGGCUCCAGAUUAUAGCAAAGCUAUUCAAGCUGCUGACAAAAUUUUAGAACUAUUGAAUCGAACACCAUCUAUUGAUAAUAAUUCAUCUGAUGGUGAUGAAAUACCAAACUUUGAUGGAAAUUUGGAAUUUGUUAAUGUUCAUUUCAUUUAUCCAAACAGACCUGAAUCAGUUAUUCUUCGUAAUUUUUCACUUAAAAUUCGGGCUGGUCAACAAGUUGCACUCGUUGGUACAUCCGGUUGUGGAAAAUCAACAACUAUUCAGUUAAUCGAACGUUUCUAUGAUGCAAAUGUUGGUCAAUUGUUAAUUGAUUCAAAAGAUAUUCGAAGUCUUAAUCUUCAAUGGUAUCGAUCACAAAUUGGUAUUGUUUCACAAGAACCAGUUUUAUUUGAUAUGUCAAUAAAAGAAAAUAUUGCUUAUGGUGAUAAUAGUCGAAGUAAUAUUCCUAUGGAAGAAAUCAUUGAAGCAGCUAAAAAUGCUAAUAUACAUGAUUUUAUUCAAAAACUUCCAAAUGGAUAUGAUACAAAUUGUGGUGCAAAAGGAACUCAAUUAUCAGGUGGAGAAAAACAACGAAUUGCAAUUGCUCGAGCAUUAAUUCGAAAUCCCAAGAUAUUGUUAUUUGAUGAAGCAACAAGUGCAUUGGAUAGUGAAAAUGAAAAGGUAGUUCAAGAAGCAUUAGAUCAUGCUCAAAAAGAUCGAACAUCAAUUACAAUAGCACAUCGUUUAUCAACAAUUCAAAAUGCAGAUAUGAUCUGUGUUUUACAUAAUGGAGUUAUAGUUGAAACUGGAACUCACGAAGAAUUACUUGCUCUUCAUGGUCGUUAUUAUCGUUUAGCACUUGGAAAACUUAAAUAA